UAAUGUGAGGGAAGGAAAGGCAUUGUAAUCUUGAAACCAUAUCAACCUAGGACAUCAAAUCUUACACAGACAAAGCUUUUGGCUGGAACAUUUGCCGCUGGUCCAAAACCAAAGUGACAACUUACUUUAACUUUUGAAGUUGAAAGGAAAUGAAAAAAGAAAAAAAUGGAAGAGUAAGAAAGAUUUUGUGCUCAGAAUCAGCAUUUAUUUAUGUUGUCUAAUCUUAGAUUAAUCAGGGAUCAGGUACCAUUACAGGGUAGUUUUUGUCUCUGUUCCUUUUAUCUCAAUUAAUAAAGCAAAACCCCAAUUUCCUUCUAAUUAUUGUCUACCCCCAUCCCUCCCUCUUUAGGCUUUAUGUAUAAUAUACCCAUUCUUUUGAUGUUAAUUUUCUUGUCCAUAUUCUAAAUUCUACUCAAAUCUCUCUUUUACUUCUAUUCAAAUACCCCCCCACCUUCCCUCAAUAAUUUUCUUCUUCCUCUCUUGUUUGGCCAAGAGGAAAAAUCUUUCUUGGGAGUUCUUGGUUUCUAAGAGGAGACUUGGGUUUUGUGAGGCUAAGAGAGUUUCAGUUCUUUUGAUGUUUUAUCCUGGUUCUUCUCAGAAGAUUCUCCAUGGGAAACCAAGCCUUUUGCAGCCAUGGAUACUGUUCUUUGACAUGCUCUUGUAUUUUGGUUUUUUGAGUGACUGGUAAGAUGCUUUGAAACUUCCUUAGAAUCCUAAAAGCUGUUUGAUUUAACUCUCAAAGAAUCAUCAUUCAUCAUCCUUUCUAGUUGAAGGCAGAUCAGGAAGAAUCAAAACAAAGCCCCCCUUUUUACAAUUGAGCUUUGAUUGAGGUCCUGAGAAGAGAGAGCUAGAAGGUGUGAACAGAGAACACAAGGGUUUUAUUGGUACAUGAGUGGAUAUGAAUUUCCUACUUUAAGUCUCUAUUAUGAAGCGAUUCAGCCAUCAAAGAAUUAUAGGGUUCUGAAUUAUCAAGUUUCACUGUAGAAUUUCAUCAACCAGGUUCAAGAUCUAAAAGUGAAUUACCUGACAGAACCAAUCCUGUUGUUGCUUUGGAGUAAUUAGCAGCUCCUAUGAGGAUGGAGUCCAAUCACCACCGUCCGCGUCCCCCUCGCCUCCUCCUCGACCCCGACACGACGGCACCACCGUCAAAUGGAAGCAGAACGCGAAAUUCAUAUAACAAUGAAGCCAAUUUCGAUACAAACAUGGUGAUAAUUCUUGCCGCGUUACUCUGCGCACUGAUUUGCGCUCUAGGAUUGAACUCAAUCGUCCGGUGCGCCCUCCGCUGCAGCCGACGGUUCGCCUUCGAAACAGGCGGCGGCACAGCCUCGCGUCUCACCGCUACAGGGCUAAAGAAAAGCGCAUUACGCCAAAUCCCGGUCGCCGUGUAUGGGUCGGAAACAGGCCUAGAGAUCCGAGAAACGGAUUGCCCUAUCUGCCUAGGAGAUUUCAUGGCCGGCGAGAAAAUAAAAAUACUCCCGAAAUGUAACCACGGAUUUCACGUUCGAUGUAUCGAUACCUGGUUAGCUUCCCACUCAUCAUGUCCGACAUGUCGUCAAUCACUGCUGGAACAACAAUCCGUUUCGGAAUCGGCGGUAACCGAGGCGGGUAAUCGAGGCGCCGGAAAUUCAUCGGCUAGCGGGCAAGGGAUUGAGAAGUUGGCAUUGAUGAUUAUCCUCAAAUUACUUCACCAACAAGGCAUAAUUCCUACUUGUACAAAUAUUUAAUAAUUGUCCUGGUUCAUCCUUGUUUCAAUUUAAUUUGAGUAACAUUUCAUAUUAAAUAAACUAACAAAUUGAGAUCAAGUGAACCAACAAUAUUAUAUCUUACUCACUAAUAUUUAUUAGUUAAAUUAAUUUGAUUUUAUUAGUUUCUUAAAGAAAAAGAUGACAUUAUAAUGGCUAAUUAAGGUUGUUAGUAACCACGUGCAUUUGUAAUUAAAAAUUAUGUUAAUCUUAUUUAAAUUGCUGCCAAAUCUAAGAAUUAAAUACAUUUUUUUCCAUAGACUACUUCAAACAUAGGCUAGGCUUAGGUAUAUAUUUAUUAAGUUUAAAGUGUGUGUAUAUGUAUAUAUAUAUAGAGAGAGAGAUGUAUAUUUGUUAUGUUACAGUUUUAAUUAUGGCACACAUUCAUAUCUCUCU